AGUAAAUUAUUGGGAGCCUUCGAAAUGAACUGAAAGGUUCAUAUACCCCCUAUUCCCUGCACACCUAAUGUUCAUUAAACAUUUUUUUAACUUUUCAUUUUGAAUUAGUUUUAGACUUAAAACUGUUGCAAAAAUAGAAUUCCCACAUACUCUUAACCUACUUCUCCAUUUGAAGGGGGUUCAUGAGGGAAUGGUCAAGAAAGAAUUCUUGAAACAUGAAGUACAAAAAGGUGGUUUUAUUAUAGCACAGAGAUAGGACCCAUGGGUAGAAAGAGCUGCACUGGGAUUGUGAGGAGCAAUUGAUUAUACACUGUGGAGUUGGGGAAGGUAAAGACAAAGGAAGUUUCCGAAAGGAUUUUCAUAUGUUAAGACUUACAGGAUCAUGGAAACCUGACUAUUGUCAAACUAAGGUGGUUUUUCUCUCCAGCAAGGCAUUAACAUUAAGAUCAGGAGUUUCCUGGAGGAAUGUUAUACCCACCCGCCUCAGGACUACAGCAUACAUGAAUAUAGUUACCAAAUCAAGAAGUUUGCAACUACUGGGAGCUGACAAAGCAAAAACAAAAGCGAUUCUGUGAAAAUACAACUAUUUUUAGAAUAUCCUAAGCUAUUAUUUUAUGUUCAAGGGAAGAUUGCUUAAAAAAAAAGGAAGUUGCUUCUGUAAAUUAAAUGUGAUUUCUCUUUGGAGCAAGGAGGAUAUCCUGGAUUGAGGGUUGACAAGAGGUCUGUGCACAGAAUGUGAGAUCCACUGGGACAGGGACUGGAUUUAUUAUCUUCCUCACACCUAGAACCAUGCCAAUUGAGGACUCUGCACUUGUCCAAGAGAAGAAUCUAAAGAAAUCAGAGCAGCCCAGGUAGUUCUGAAAGCCAUGGCACAGGGGUUGGUAACAUUCAGGGAUGUGGCCAUAGAGUUUUCUCAGGAAGAAUGGAAGUGCCUGGAACCUGCCCAGAGAAACUUGUACAGGGAUGUGACUCUGGAGAACUUCAGUAACUUGGUGUCACUAGGACUUUCCAUUUCUAAGCCUGACCUCAUUUCCUUACUGGAGCAAGGGAGAGAACCCUGGAUGACUGCAAAUGAUAAGACAGGACCAUGGUGUCCAGAGCUGGAGUCCAGGUGUGAGAAAUUUCCACAAAAAGAUAUUUUUGAAGUAGAGUCAUUCAAUUGGGAGAUCAUGGAAAGCCUUAAAUGCUGUGAUUUUGAGGGCUCCAGUUUUGGAGAUGACUGGGAAUGCAAAGGCCAAUUUGAAAGACAACGAGUAACUCAGGAAUGCUGUUUCAAGCAAGUAAAAAUCACAUAUGAAAACAUGCCCACUUUUGAGCAUCAUACAUCCCUCCCUUUACAUCAGAACAAUGAGAUUGGUGAGAAACUGAUCGAAUGUAAUGAGUGUGGGAAAGCAUUUAGCCGUGGCUCACACCUUAUUCAGCAUCAGAAAACUCAUACUGGUGAAAAACCAUUUGACUGUAAGGAAUGUGGGAAGGCCUUUAGUCGUGCCUCACACCUUGUUCAACAUCAGAGAAUUCAUACAGGUGAGAAACCUUAUGAUUGUAAGGAAUGUGGGAAGGCCUUUGGUCGUACUUCAGAACUUAUUCUACAUCAAAGACUUCAUACUGGUGUCAAACCCUAUGAAUGUAAAGAAUGUGGAAAGACCUUUAGACAGCAUUCACAACUUAUUCUGCAUCAAAGAACUCACACAGGUGAGAAACCCUAUGUGUGUAAAGACUGUGGGAAGGCUUUUAUUCGUGGCUCACAACUUACUGUUCAUCGGAGAAUUCAUACGGGUGCAAGACCCUAUCAGUGUAAAGAAUGUGGGAAAGCCUUCAGACAGCAUUCACAGCUUACUGUCCACCAGAGGAUUCAUACUGGUGAGAAACCCUAUGAGUGUAAGGAAUGUGGGAAGGGCUUUAUUCAUAGCUCAGAAGUUACUCGACAUCAAAGAAUUCAUUCUGGGGAGAAACCCUACGAAUGUAAGGAAUGUGGGAAGGCUUUUAGACAACAUGCACAGCUUACACGACAUCAGAGGGUUCAUACUGGUGACAGACCCUAUGAAUGUAAGGACUGUGGGAAGGCCUUUAGUCGUAGUUCAUACCUUAUUCAACAUCAAAGAAUUCAUACAGGUGACAAACCCUAUGAAUGUAAGGAAUGUGGGAAAGCCUUUAUCCGUGUUUCACAACUGACUCAUCAUCAACGAAUUCAUACUUGUGAGAAACCCUAUCAGUGUAGGGAAUGUGGAAUGGCCUUUAUUCGUAGUUCACAACUUACUGAACAUCAGAGAAUUCAUCCUGGUAUCAAACCUUAUGAAUGUAGAGAAUGUGGGCAGGCCUUUAUUCUUGGCUCGCAGCUCAUCGAACACUACAGGAUCCAUACUGGUUAGAAAGCCUUGAAUGUUAAGGGUAUAGGAAAGCCUUUACAUGGAUUUCACACCUGACUCAAUAUUAGGUAAUGUGUAAUGUAAUGUGAUUAAUGUCAGAAAACCCUCACUUGUCAUUUCCAUUACGGAACAUGGGAUUAUUCCUACCAGAAGAAAAUUCAAUAAAUGCAGGAAUUCUUUUUGCCUCACACUCACUGCUUACUAAGCAUCAGAAAACUUAUGCUGAAAAAAAUAUUAAUGUGACUAUAGAAAACCUUUCUGUUGCCACACAAAAUGUGUUAAACUUCUGAGAAUUCCUAAGAGAAAAUGACCCUAUUAAGGUAUUUUCUGAAUGUGCCUUUUACCAUGAUAUACAUAUUAUUUAGUAUUAUCUCAGUUCCACCAGUUACCGACUGUAUAGCAUUGAACAAAUUAUGCAAUCUUCCUGUUUCUCAGUUUACUUAUUUUUAAGCAGUAAUCAUUAUACUUACCUGAUAGAGUUCUCCUGAGGACUAUCAGAUAUUUUUUAUAAACCCUAUAUAUAGUUCAAUAAAUAUUAGUUAUUGUUGUUAAUUUAUAACAGUAUUACUGUUAAGGAGUUCAUGUAAGAGAAGGGCCUUAUGAAUGUGCCAAAUAACAAAAAGCCUUCAUAACCACUUGCUAACAAUAAUUCAUUCUGGAAAACAGUAGUAAAGUAUAAUUAGCAUAAGAAGGUCUUCAUGAUAUUGAAAGCUAGGAAGUCACAAGAUUAGAAAUUAACAGAAGAGUAGCCAAAAGAAAUCGACCCACUUAGAAAUCUAAAGCCACUUCCAAGUAUAACUCAAGAGCAGUCAAAAAAUUCUAUACAUCAAAACCAGUUCCGUACAGCCAAAGCUAUGUUCCUGUCACCCCAGGAUUGAAGGUAAGGGCUUUGUUCUCCAAAUGUAGAUCUCCAGCACUUACUCAUUGCCAGUCACAUACUAAGCCUAUUGAAUGGAUGAAUGGUCAACUCUAAAAAUUAGAGGGAAAUUACCACAUAAACCCGUAUCAAUAGUAAGAAUGAUAAUUAAAAAUAAGAAGUAAAAAACAACAGUAGGCUGAAUCUGAAGGUUGUUUAUUUAACAAUAUUAUAAGAUGGAAGACUGACAACUCUGAACUAGAAGAAAAACAUUUAGCCUUAUGAGUAAGGAAGGGGUGGGUAUUUCUUUUAAAUAGCUACUAUGCCUGGCUUUAAUGUAUUUGGAAAUUUAAAGAGAAUGGAUUUUUACAAAAGUAUCAAAACUGGUUUAAGAAGACAUGGAAUACCUGAAUGAUUGUAGAAGGACAUAAAAAGACAUCAAAGCUCUUCCCUUUAAAAACAGUUUAGCCUACUAAAACUUCAAGGAACAGAUAGAUAAUCCCUGAGAGAAGCUUGCCAGUUCAUUUCCAAGGCUAAAUAAAACUAUGAUAAAAAAAAAAAAAAAGGAUAGCUCCCAAGAAACAAAUUGUAGAUGAUCAUCAUUUGUGAAAAUAAAUAUAAAUAAAAUUGCUGCUAAUUGAAUCCAAUCUCUUCAAAGUUAGAAGCUAAUUUAAAAAAAUUAAUGUUUAUUUUUGAGAAAGAGUGCGAGUGGAGAAGGGACAGAGAGAGAGAGAGAGAGAGAGAAUCUGAAGCAGGCUCCAGGAUCUGAGCUGUCAGCACAGAGCCUGACAUGGGGCUAAAGUUAGAAGCUAAUUUUAAAUAGAAUGUCUAGAAUUUCACCUGUCGUGGAUUAAUUAUGUUUUCAGAAUUUUGAUAUAACUCCAGGAGAUGACAAUGGUAGGGGAGAGAGCCCUGAUCCAACCCUAGUGGUAAAUGGAUCAGAGCCUGUGAAUGAAUCUGGGGAAUCUUAAGGAAACAUCCCCUCAGUCCAGGCAGUGGCUGGGGCACAGGGCCUGUUGUGUCCCGAUGCCAUCCAUCUUCUCAGUCAUCCAGACUGUUGACUAAAGCACCUGUAUUUUCUGCGUGUGUCACUGCCUACACAGGAUUAGGAAGUAGUGUUCUGUAUGUCAUUUUACUUUAAGUGGUUUAACGAUUACAGUGUACAUUUGGAGGAGUUCAAAGCUAUGACGUUAAAAAGUGUCGCUUUGAAUAGUAACAGCACACUCAUAGGAUAAAUAUCUUAAAGUUACAAUUUGGUAUAUAAUCUCUACUCCAUCUCUGCUGUUACUCUAUGUACCUAUCACUGCUGUCAAGUUCUUGUGUGUACUGCCUGAUUUUUAUGUUUGCCUAAGUGUAGACAUACACAUAACACUCUUUAUAAAAAAGAUUUUUACAUAAAUGGUAGCAAAUUUCUAUACUUGUUAUUUUUGCUUAUCCAUACACCUUGAAAUUGGAUCAUAUUGAUACAUAUAUAGCUGCCUUAUUCUUCCUUAACAGCUGCAUAGUAUAUGUGUUUCAUAAUUUAUCCUGUCAAUUUAGUUUUUUCCAUUAUUUUUGCUUUCAAACAAUUGUAUAAUAAAUAUCCUUGCACAUAAA